AUGCCUUCUUACAACAUCGUCGUCUUCGGAGGUGACCAUUGUGGUCCAGAAGUCAUUGCAGAAGCACUCAAGGCUCUCCGUACCAUCGAAAAGCACAGCGACAUCAAGUUCAACUUUCAGGAACAUCUCCUCGGUGGCGCCUCGAUCGAUGCAACUGGCUCGCCCUUGACUGACGAAGCUCUCUCGGCAGCCAAAGCAGCAGAUGCAGUCCUACUGGGUGCUAUCGGCGGACCAAAAUGGGGUACUGGUACAGUGAGACCCGAGCAAGGUCUGCUCAAGCUACGCAAAGAAAUGGGGACGUUUGGCAAUCUACGACCAUGCUUCUUUGCUUCCGAUAGCCUUGUGGAUAUCAGCCCUCUCAAGGCCGAGGUGUGCAGAGGGGUCAAUUUCAACAUCGUUCGCGAGCUCACUGGCGGCAUUUACUUUGGCGAGAGAAAGGAGGAUGACGGUUCUGGCUUUGCAAUGGACACCGAGCCAUACUCACGAAUGGAGAUUGAACGGGUGACAAGACUAGCCGCUCACCUGGCACUUGCUGAAGACCCGCCGCUGCCUGUAUGGUCUCUUGACAAGGCGAACGUGAUGGCCACCAGCCGUCUAUGGAGGAAGACCGUCACCGAGAUCAUGGAGAAGGAAUUUCCGCAGCUAAAGAUUGGCCACCACCUCAUCGACUCAGCAGCCAUGCUUAUGGUCAAGAACCCACGAGCACUCAACGGCGUCAUCGUCACCAGCAACCUCUUCGGCGACAUCAUCUCUGACGAGGCGUCUGUAAUCCCUGGAUCUCUCGGCUUACUCCCAAGUGCUAGCUUGACAUCAAGUCCUGACGGUAAAGGCAAAUGCAAUGGCAUCUACGAGCCAAUCCAUGGCUCUGCGCCGGAUAUAAGCGGCAAAGGUCUCGUCAACCCAGUCGCUAUGCUUCUGUCCCUAGGUAUGAUGCUCAAGUACUCGCUGCAGCAGCCAGACUUGGCGUCUAAGAUCGAUCUCGCUGUCAAGAAGGUUAUUGACAACGGCGUGCGCACGAAAGACAUUGGAGGCUCAGCAAGCACGAGCGAGGUUGGCGAUGCUGUGGCAAAAGAGCUCGAGGCGAUUUUGAAGGCUUGA